AUGGAGUACAUUGGCAUCGACCUCGGGUCCCAGCGCUGCGUCGUCGCGCGCCCGUCGGGCGAAAUUGUUCUCAAUGAGCUUGGUGGUAUGACCACGGCGACGCUCGUGGCCUUCAAGGACAAGGAGCGCUUGCUUGGCGAAGCCGCCGUCUUGUCGUCGAGCACGAACCCGGCCAAUACUGUCGACCACAUCAAUAUGUUCCUUGGCAAGUCGCACCAAGAAGUUCUUGCGCAGAUGGCCGCGUUUCCGUGUCCGCGCGCCGCAUACGUCCAGACGGCGUCCGGCGAGGCUGCGGCGCAGGUCCAGUACAACAACGGCGAGAAGCUCUUCACGCCGGUGCAGCUGCUGGCUAUGGUCUUUGGCAAGAUCGGCAGCAACGUCCAGACCACGCCGCUCGAGAACAUCCUCGUCGGUAUUGCGGUCCCGAGCGGGUGGGGCGACGCGGAGAAGCGCGCAGUUCUCCAGGCGGCCAAGAUUGCAGGCUUUGGGGCGGCUGGUGUCGUUGGCCGCGAUGCUGCUCUUGCACGCUGCUUCCAUCGCAAGCACCCCAUCAAGGACGAGACCGAGACCAAGACCAUCAUGAUUGUUGAUGUCGGCCACUCGACGACGAACGCAGCGGUGGUGCGCCUCAACGCGACGGGUGAAACGGUGCUGGCUCACGCGUACAAGGGCGAUCUCGGCUCAGUCAACUUUGACAAGUCGAUUUUCCAUCACUUCCAGGCCAAGCUCAAGGCGUCUCACGGCCUUGACAUCCAGGGCCACUCGCGCCAGGGUCGCCGGCUUCUCGCGGCCUGCGAGCAGCUCAAGAAGCUCCUCUCGACGAUCCCGGAAGCCAUCGUCCAAGUCGAGAACCUCGGCAAUGACUGCGACCUCACGCUUACGCUCACCAAGACCGAGUUUGACGCGCUCAACGCCGCGCAUGCGGCUGCGCUCGAGCAGCUGCUCGUGGGCCUCUUGACGUCGGCAAACGUCGCGGGCAGCGACUUGGUUUCGGUCGAGAUUGUCGGUGGCGGCACUCGCAAACCGCUCCUCCAGGCUGCGAUCACCAAGGUCGUCGGUGACAGUGUGCCCUUGGGCCGUAUGCUCGACAGCGCGACUGCGGUUGCGGUCGGCGCGGCGUCGGCCGAGGACCUCUUGGCGACGCAGGAUGUGGACGUGUCGCCCGAAUGGAUCGCGCUUGAGACGGCGAUGCAGGCGCAGGACGAGGCCAACUACCUCCUUGCGAACAAGCGCAACGAGAUCGAGACGUUCGUGUACGAGAUGCGCGGCAAGGCGAACCAGAAGCAUGGCAACCUCAUCGACUACAACGUCCUCAACCCGUUCUUGGAUGCGGCCGAGGACUGGUUCUACUCGGAAGAAGCCGAGGUCGCGACGCUGGAAGUCGCCACGCAGCGCGUCGCGCAGCUCAAGACCGACAUUACGAACUCGUGCAGUGCCUACUUUGCAGCGGUUGCCAAGGAAGACGCUGCGCUUGAGGCGCACUUGGAGGCCGAGUCGGCCAAGGCAGCACUCGAGACCAAGGACGACGACGACCAUGACUUUCGCAAGCUCAAGACGCCGGACCGCAUGCGCCUCGUGAUGAAGAACAAGGAUGAAGGCAACGAGCUCUUCCGCGGCGGCAACGUGCAGCACGCCGCGGCCCGCUACGUCAAGGCGUUGACGCACGCGUCCAAGUUUUUCGACUUGCGCCCGGAAGAUGCGGCCGAAGUCAAGGCCGUCAAGCUGAGCUUGUACCUCAACUUGGCGCAGUGCUACCUCAAGCUCGAGGCGUACCAGAAGGCUGUGUCCAACUGCAAGGACGCGCUCGAUUUGGAUGCGACCAACACCAAGGCACUCUACCGUCGCGCGAUCGCGUACGAGAAGCUCAAGGACUACGAGAAGGCCCACACCGACAUUACGGAAGCGCACCGGUUGACGCCGGACGACCGUGCGAUUGUGAUUUGCCACGACCGCCUCAAGGCCUACAUGAAGAAGCAAGCCGACAAGGAGAAGAAGAUGUGGUCCAAGGCGUUUGCCUAGUUAGUCGCGAGGUACUCGACGCGCGCGUUUUGCCUCCUG